AUGUGGAAACUAGUGACGCUGAUAGCGGUGCUGCUUGCGCUGGAGGCCAGCUAUGCAAAAGAAUCUGUGCCCUCGCUGAUCGACACAGACCACCUCGGGGCGGACGGCACGAGUCGCCAGAGUAAGGCCGUCUCGACGCACUGCCCACGGUCCUGCCCGCUUCAGAGCACCCCACAGGAGCCGGUCUGCGGCAGCGACGGACUCAUCUACGCCAACCAGUGCGAGAUGAAGAAGAAGACCUGCACCAAGGCGAGCCCGAAUGCGGUUACGGAGGAUAAGGUUGGCUGCGAGCGGUCGAAGGGAUCGCCCUGCAAUCAUCGCUGCCCCACCGAGAAGGACCUGGUCUGUGGCACUGAUGGGCGCACGUACCUGAACCGGUGCAUGCUGCGUGUCCAAGCGUGCCGCGUCGGUACGGCGGCCGUGUCACUCGCCCACGUUGGUCCUUGCGCGAACGGCAGCGUCAUCCGUGAGUCCUGUCCGGUCGAUUGCAAUAGUGCUCCACAGGACGGUCCGGUGUGCGCUUCGGACGGAAACGUGUACAACUCGACGUGCCAGAUGAAACUGAUCACGUGCGGCCAGGGUGUGGUACGAACGAGCCGCAAACACUGCCAGAGCACACGCAACUGCCGGGAGUCCUGCUGGCGUGUGGCCCGCCCAACCUGCGGCUCCGACGGUCGGCUUUACGCCAGCGCCUGCAAGAUGCGUGCGUCCAACUGCGGCAAGCACGUGUUCGAGGUGCCCAUCUCGUACUGCAUGUCGCAAGAGCGGGCGGGCGGCAGCUCGCACAGCGCCAGCAACAAGAUCGAGGACUGCCCGACCGAGUGCCCGAAGGACGCCCAGCAGAUGAUCUGCGGCAGCGACGGCAACAUCUACACGUCGACCUGCGAACUGAAGAUGCUCAACUGCGGGCAGAAGAAAAAGAUCCAGGCACUAUCGCUCGAUCGCUGCAAGCAGAAGAUGAACCGCUGCAAGUCGCUGCCGGUCUGCAAGCAGCACUCGAAGAACGGGGCCAGCUUCUUCGGCGACCAGAAGGACAUGCUCUGCGGUACCGACUCGAAGACGUACAACAACGAGUGCGAGCUGGCCCGAGCGACCUGCCUACGAGGCGUACAGCUGGCACACAUUGGACCCUGCACGCAGCUCAAGUCGAAGGUGGACGUCACCGACUGCAGCAGCUGCACGCCGGAGGAGGAGCAGACCGGUCCGAUCUGCGGCUCGGAUGGCAACACGUACAAGUCGCGCUGCGAGCUGAAGCAGAAGACCUGCGGCCUUCGGGUGGUGCCGGUGUCGCUGAAGAACUGCGCCACCACGGCCCUGUGCGAGGCGAACUGCGAGCAGCAGCCGACCAACUACGUGUGCGGCUCGGACAACAAGCUCUACCCGAACGAGUGCCACAUGCGGCGGGAGAACUGCGGCCGCCACAUGUUCCUGGUGCCGAUGAAGCGCUGCCUGGCCGCGUUCAGCUUCAAGGGUUGCUCCAAAAUCUGCCCGCAAGAGUUCGAACCGGUGUGCGGCACCGACGGCAAAACGUACUCGAACGAGUGCUUCCUCAGCAUCGAGAACUGCCGGUCGAGGGCGCUGGUGCAGAAGAAGCACGUUGGCCCCUGCGGACGACCCGAGGAACCGUCACACAACUAUCUCUACUAA